UUAUAGUGAUAUCGGAUAACGGCGAAAGGAAAAUACGGGUGGAAAAUUUAAUAAUUUCCUGCCUAUCGGAGUUAUUCGGUACGGCCGUUUUGCUUUUCCUGUCAUGCACGGCUUGCACGAUGUACGUGCAGGAUGAUAUACCGAGCAUUCAUCCGAGCUUGGCAGCCGGACUUGCGGUUACAGUCGUAAUUCAGAUGUUGGGGCAUGUAUCUGGCGCUUAUGUAAACCCAGCCGUCACCCUUUCGGCGUAUAUUCUAGACGAAAUCGAUUUCAAACAAACGUUAAUGUUUACUGUUAGUCAAAUCGUGGGGUGUCUUUGCGGCACGGGAAUCCACAGACUGUUGACUCCAGCAGAGGCGUUUAAUUUGACUGAUGGUAGAGGCGUUUGUGUCAAUUCCCCAGGAAAAGGGAUUACUGAUGUUGAGGCGUUAGGUAUAGAAAUAAUUUUAACGAUUAUUUUGGUGAUAGCAAACGCGUCGAGUUGGGACAAAAGGAAUUCGCAUAAAUCCGAUUCGGUACCGUUGAAAAUUGGAUUAGUCGUCGUUUCUCUCAACAUUUCUUGCGCUGCUUAUACAGGAGCCAGCAUGAAUCCAGCACGCAGUUUUGGCCCAGCUGUAUGGUCAGGUGAUUACGGCUCUCAUUGGGUGUAUUGGGUAGCUCCUACCGUUGGAUCGGUUAUAGCUAGUUACAGCUACAAAUAUUUAUUUGCUCACCGUGGUCGUUGAAUUUGUUUUUGCAUUAGACAAUUUUUACUUGCGCCCUAUUAGUUUGAUUUUUACGUGCGAGAGAAACGCAAACUUUAAUAUUGACUGUUUGGGCGCCCAAAGAAAAUAUUUAAACUAUUAAAUUAACUCACCAUUAUGAGGUUGUUCAAACUUU